AUGGCACACCAAGAUGAUGGCACUAACACUGCUGAUCACGACGAUGCGCUAGCACAAGCUAUGGAUGAAGAGUUCGAGGAAGCAAGAGAUGGCAACACGUCUGUUUCACCUGAAGAUGAGAGAAGUCAACGCCUGUUUCCGGACAGCGAGCCGCUAGAUCCACCGUAUGGUUUGCGAGCGACUGGGGCAUCUUUAGAGUUUGGUCUGGAUGCUGCAGCACUUGGGUUGCUGGAUGGGGGCUCGGGUAGCUCAACAGAACAGACGGCAACAAGACACUUCAGUCCUCAGAGUGAUCAUGAGUUGAUUCCAGCCACAGAAGAGCCACGAUCAGUGGCCGCAGGCAGGAUGCCUCAAGUUACGGCGCCGCCACCAGCGGUGACGAAUGAUCUCAUGGGACAGUUGAGUGCUAUGCUACAGCAGACGCUGCAGAGCCAUGUGGCUCCUGCUCUAGAUCGUAUGAUGAUGAGUCAGGCUGCGGUCAUGUCCCGACUAGACAGGUUGGAGAGUGAGAGAGACUCCCAAGUGCCGUUGACGGCGCAAGGUGAGCAUGUAUUGGCCAUGCUUCAGUCGUUGGAGGUGGGCUCCAAGCCAAGUGCUAGUGGGGCUAAUGCAGAUGCAGCGUUGAAGCAACCCACUACCGUUCCAGCGGGUGUUUUGCCUGAGUCAGCGGUUGGGGUUCAGGAUACUCGUUUGCAUCAUGCGCGGGAUUUGGCAUCCAAGGGCAAUGGUUCCGCUCACGUUGAGGCCCCAACGCAUCAAAACAAGGGUGUGACGGUGGUGGAGGGCGGUGAGGCUUCAGGGAUCAGGGGUUUCGGAUUGGAUCCCUCGCCGGGAAUCGGCGAGAAGCCGGAGGAGCCUACCAAAACCUCGCUGGAGCUUCCUAAAUUGGACAAGUACAACCCAUCCACAUCAGCCAUCGUAGCAGGGGAUUGGCUUAUCUCGUUGACGCCAGCGCUGUCCGCUUCUGCUUGGGUGUUUUGGGAGGAUUGUGUAAGCACGGCCAAGCUGUUCUAUGGCCGAUGGUUAUCCUCUUCCCCACUGGAGAGACUACAUAUCCAGGCGGAGGUCUUGGUAAACAGGUACCGCGAUGGAAAGUUCUCGAGGGUUGAUCAACGGGCGGUCAGUUUGUUGUUGGCUGCAGUGGGUAAUGAGCUGAAGGAUGAUCUGAUCUCUCUUCGCUUGCUGGGUACAUGCGCUAUUGUGUUCAAGGUUAUGGCGAAAUAUCAACCGGGAGGAGCUGCAGAGAAACAGCAACUUCUGUCGUUUCUAGUCACCCCUGAAAACGUCACCACAAGCGCUGCAUCAGUUAAAGCACUGCGGAAAUGGCGUCGUUGGUUAGCCCGUGCUCGUGAACUCCAGGUAAUCGUUCCUGACCCUAGCCUUCAGCUCAAGGGUCUUGAAAGGCUCGCCCCGACAUUGUCCGAUACAGCAGCCUUCCGAGUACAAACCUUCCGAACGCAGGCUCUGCUCGACCAGGCUCCAACUCAACAGACGGUUUUGCAGUUUUCAGAGCUCCUGCUUGCAGAGGCCGAGGAGGCGGUGUUGUCAGAAGCUGCAGACAAGGGUGGAGCGAGGCAGACGGUAGCUAAGGCGGAUGAGGUGCCAGGAAAGGGAGGAAAGGUUGGGAAGGAAGGAAAGGGUGCAUCAAAGGGGGCUGCCAAGGUGGAUGGUGGAAAACAACUUUGUCGGCUCUGGAGAACCGAUGACGGGUGUAGGUAUGGGAAGUCUUGUACGUUUGCGCAUGAUGCCCUCACCCCUGCCGAUAAGAGGUGUUUCAACUGCAGUAGCACAAAGCACCGAAAGCCAGAUUGUCCGUUCAAGCGUGCGCAAGCCGAGCCCGGUGGGAAGCCAGGGAAAGGUAGCCAAAAGGGGAAAUCAGGGGAUGAGGUUAUGAAGGCUCAGGAUAAGGGGGCUAGUGAAACCGACAAGUCGGCUCGUGACGAGCUGAUUGCACGGGCCAACGCGGUGUUGGAAUCUAUUCAAACCUCAAUCAAGGCCUUGCAGCUAGGUUCGAAAUACCCGCCGAAGCCAGGUCCCCGCGAUGAAACAGGUCUGAUAGACUCCGGUGCCACAACAUGCAUGCGCAUGCGUAGGGAAGAUGAGCAGCCAGUUGGAGAGAAGACGGUUUCGCUCGCGCAGGGAGAAGUUCAGAUGGGAUUCAGUGCCGGGGGAGUUUUACUUGCUAACGAAGAAGUUGAACCCAUCGUUUCACUCCGACAGCUCAUCACCAUCGGCUUUCGUCUGGUUUGGUCCAAGAGGGCAUGUCAACUGUUCGAUGAAGAGGGUUACUCGGUUCCUUUGUCCACGGCUUCCGGCUGUCCGAGGGUGUGUAAGGCUGUAGCGCAAAACCUGAUUGACCGCAUCGAAACUUUCAACCUUCACGGGUAUGGUGAAGAUCAGCUUGCUAUGAUGCGUGAUGCUGAUGCGGUGUCCUGGGAGGCAGUCAUGUGUAAAGUAGCCGAGAGUGUGAGAGAAGGUAGGUCAAGGGAUGCUAAAAUGUGGCAUGAGAUUUUAUGUGAGAAGCUCUUUCCGGAAUUCCCACGAGAGGCUGCCCAAGCAGUGUCUUUGAUCUCACAGGGGCAUGAGUUUGACGCUGUAGCCGCGAAGCAUGGGGCUAAGGUUGUAGCCAUAGACUCCACUGAAGACCUUAACGAUCCGGCUACGUACACAUACUUGCUGAAGCAGGCGCUCGCUGGUAAGGAUGAAGGACCACCAGUGGUUCGGGCGCGGUAUGGGGUUGAAAGGUUUGGAUUGGAGAACCUCUCCCAUCAAGAGCGUGAGAAGGUUGACUAUGACGACCAGCUCAUGCUCAGAAGCUUUAUUCUGGGUGUUGCCUCAAAGUGGGGACCUUUUAAGCGCGGUACUCAUGAGGGUGCGAAGGCAAGCUACUUCCUUGCGGCAGUUUUCUCCGUACCUAGGGCGCCAGAGCUAAACGGGUCUAGAGUGGAUAAGCCUGAGGCAGAUGUAGCAGCUGUUCCGGGGGAGCCAGGGGAGUGGGAGAAUGCGGAUGACGACGAUCGUGAUGACGAUGAUGGUGGAGGCGUGGGCCCUAUUGAGCUUGAUGACGCCCCGGUGGAGCCAGAGCCACAACCGCUAGAACAGCUAGAGCUAGUUCACUUGCCGUUCGUCGUACCGCUACCCUCAAAAGGGGCAAGGGACGUGAUGAAUGGAAUCAAGGGAGGUGACCGGUUCAAGGCCAAUCCUUUUGCCGAGAACCUCAUCGGAAUCCUGAAGGGGUUCUCCAAGGAUCCGAUGAAGCAGCUUCAGAGUGUCAUGAUGUUUGCGCUCCGAGGGCUCACAAAUCAGCUGAAAGCCGGUGAUAUUGUUGAUGUCCCAGCUAUGUAUGCUAGAUACGGUGAUGAGGGAAGUUCGCAGCUGCGGGUGAAAGUCGUCGGCGAGAUGAGGGUCGUAGUGAUGCUCAGUGUCGAGAUGAGGGUCGUAGUGAUGCUCAGUGUUGUGAUGAGGGUCGUGGUGAGGGUCGUGGUGAUUCUCCGUGUUUUGAUGGCCGUCGUGGUGACUCUUCGUGUGAUCGUGAUGACACCAGAGAGUCUAGUUGAGGGUCCAGUGGUUUCGAGUGGUACAAGUGGGUUUUCCGGCAGCGCUGGGUGGGAGGAUGUGAGCUGUGACCCACUUGGGGAUUGCGAGUUGGUGGACGUGUCCGUGACGAGUAAUCUUCUGUUUUGUGAGCCUACUUGUGUCGAGUGGGAGAGCAUUGUAGGUCGAGCUUCGGAUCGUGAGGUUGGACCUGAUGAUCAUGAUAGCUCGGGUGAAACUUGGGUUGGGGUCGGUGAGGCCUCUGAGUCUUUUGACCCUGAUGGGCAGCAGAUCGCCCUCAAGGCGUUGCUGAGUCGGGAGUGUAAGCUCCAAGAUCGGAGUGGGGUAGCCGGGGAUAGUGACCGUGAGGGUUAUAUUCACGGGCUGUCUUCCACGAUCAAGCGUUUAGAAGAGAGGUGUUGCAAGGCCGAUGACGGUGUCGAGUAUUCCACGCUCCCCGAUGCGGAAGUGCUAACUACUCACACUGUUCCGUUGGAAGAAGUUGAGAGGCAUUACAGUUUGUGGUCCGCGGCAGUCCAGGCAGAACUUGAUUCGUUGGUUCAUGAAAAGCAGGCGGUAAGGGUGAUCACCAGCGCUGAAAUGCAAGCAAUGCAAGAAAAGGGAACAUGCGUGACCAUUAUUCCUAGCAAGAUGGUGAUUACCCGAAAGGCUGGUGGGCGCCAUAAGGCACGGUUGGUAGCCUGUGGAAAUCAUCUAGAUGGGCAGGGCCAGGCUAAGGGUAAGCAGUCACCAUCCAAGGCGAACCUGUAUGCUGGAGGAAUCGACCCUUCAGUGAUGCGCCAAGCGGCAUCGAUUGCGGUUAAGAGAGCCUGGAAGGGGGGAGCUACAGAUAUCACUACAGCGUUUUUGAACGCCGAGCUGCUUGAUCGAGUGAAUCCUCGUUCCUCCCCACCUCCUUUGUCCUUGGAUGUCCCAACUGAGGUGAUUGUAUUGAAGAUUCCGAGCAUUGUGCAUAGACAUGGACAUGUUGAUCGAUCAUGCUUCAUGCUGGUGUGUAAGGCACUGUAUGGGUUGGAUCAAUCCCCAAGAGACUGGUCUAUCAAGAGGGACAGUGAGAUUGAGGGCAUGUCAUGCCAAGUCGAUGGGGUCACAUGCAUGUUUGAGCAGAGUUUGGUCGACUCUAAUUUGUGGUACCUUCGGAGAGUGCCUAAAGAUGGAGAGAGCCACAGUUGGAGAGAGCCUGUUGCAUGCAUGUUGGUGUAUGUCGAUGAUCUCUUAGCCUUUGGUCCCAGUCCAGUCUUGACGAUGAUAUUCGAGCUGAUCACUUCGCGCUGGAAGUGCGGACCGGUAGAGUGGAUCCCCGAGGACCCCACUAAACCCCCACUCAAGUUCUUUGGUUUUGAGCUGCGCUGGGAUGGUAAGGAUCUGUUGCUUGGCCAACAAGACUUCAUUCGGGAUGUGGCGACUAGGUACCCCGAGGCAACUGCCUCGUGCGUUCCUGCUACCCCGGGACCCUUGGAUGUAGAGGAUGCUUCCGAGCGUAGGCCCGAAGAUGUUUCUGCUUGCCAAACGGCGCUGGGCGAAAUCUUAUGGGUUGCAGGGCGCACUCGGCCAGACAUUAUUUUCGCUGUUUCCCGCCUUGCACAGACCAUGUCAAGGGACCCCGCUACGGUGAGAAAGAGAGUCAUGCAGCUCAUUGGUUACCUUGUCUACACGCAGGACCUUUGCCUCCGAUAUCGGGCUACGUAUUCUUGUCAGGGUGAACCAGGCGCUACUGCCACCCCGAACGCUGAAGGUGUGAUCGAGGCCAUGACAGACAGUGCAUUCGCGCCUGUAUGUGAGCGAUCGCAAGAGUCAACUUUGGUUUACACUCAAGGGUCUCUGACGGGGUGGAACACUGGUAGACAACCGUUCACUGCUGCGUCGACCGCGGAGUCAGAACUCUUGAGUUUGAUGACCGGAUUCAGCUUCGGUAGGGCCCAAACUUACGUCCUUCAGGAGUUUAUGGGUAAGGUGCCACGGUUGGUCGUGUUGAACGACAACAUGGCUUCAAUCUCUAUUGUAAAUGGCGACUCCAACGGGUGGAGAAGUAGGCACCUGAGAAUUCGAGCACAUGUGCUGAGAGAACAGGCCAAGCAAGGACAUGUCGUCGUAGGGCACAUAGAGGGGGGGAAAAACAUCGCCGAUGCAGGAACCAAGGCCUUGCCGUAUCCUCGUUUGAAGCUUUUGCGGGACGGUAUGGGUUUAGAUGCAGUUAGGAAUGUUCAUGAUGCGCGCCCAAAAGGAGCUACGAAGGUCAUUGAUCCAGCUUCCGCAGCCAGGAUUCAGGCCGUUGUGCUUACAUUGGCAGCCGUUACGGCAGAGGCUCAGCAAUCGCCAGAUGAACCAGAAGGUCACAGCCAUGAGCUAUGGUUUUUGAUGUUUCUGGUAUGCUGUACGUCUAUUGCUCUUUGGGAAGGUCUGAAGUGGGCAUGUCGUUGGUGUUGUAGGCGACGCAGAGUACAGAGGAGAGAGGUUGAGCGACAUGAACCAGAAGAGGAGCGUAGCUCAGAUGGGGAAAAUCAGCCUGAUGAUGAGGACGAACUUCAGGAGUUCUCGCCUCAGGCAGCGGACAGGGUAGAGGAUCAUGAUGUAGCUCGUGAGCUUACUGUGCCUCCUGAGGGGACGGUAGUUCGUUACGUUGACGAUGUGAUGUAUGUUGGCCCCCCUCCAGAAGAAGAAGAAGAGAGGUUGAGAAGAAGAAGACAGGGACAGAGAGUCUACCAUGAUGAGCCGGACUUUGAGCCAGCUGCUGUUGAAGCCUCCGGCCUACCGCCUUGGAAUGUUCAAAACCGGGUUCGUCAGGCUCUUGAGGCUCAACGAGACGCGAGGGGUUCGAAUGAAGGCCCAAACUGGAUGCCAAAUCAGUUUGUGAAUUACCCGGUCAUUCGGCUGCGUGCCGAUUGGCCUGCAUCAGAAAACCAACCUCCACUGGCAUACUUGGCUGCUUACCAGUCCGCUUGGGGUGGGUUAGCUUCAGCGCUGCAUCAGCUGCGGCCCAAUGAUGCUUACACGCGGGACGAGUACACAAGGCAUGACGCGAGACAGAAUGUGUUGAUUCGUUGGCACUUCGGAUGGCGUGUUAUGCUGUUUGAUCCCAAUCGCACUACAAGUCCGGUUGCUAUGAGCAGACUCACAGGAAGGAGACGUACGGUGAUCACAUACAGUGAUGGUACAGAGGAGCUGCUGGACGACAAUUUCCGGAUUGACAGUGCGAGAAGGAUGAUGGAUCAACAGUGGGUAGGAAGAACCGAGCUCGAGAUCCGCGAGGGGACAUGA